UAUAUUCACAAAAUCAGAAAACAGAGAAAGAAAAAUUAAACUUCCACAAAAUUAAUCAAACCUGAAACUUGUGUACGGAACUAUGAACACUCAUUAUUCGAGCACCAAUGUGAACUCCCUUGACCAGUUUGAAACUUCCACAACAUCCUCUUCAACUCCGGUGGCACCGCCGCCAUUCACCCGAAGUUCAAGUUUUCGGAGCCUUUUCUUGGCGGAGAGUUGGGCAGAGCUGCCAUUAAAGGAGGACGAUACGGACGACAUGGUCAUCUAUGGAGCUUUGAGUGAGGCGGCCGCUACCACCGGUUGGUGCCCCGGUCGGAACAAUGUUGAUGUAGCGGUAAAAAUAGAAGAUAAAGGUAAAAAAAGUGGCAUUACGGAGGAGCGUGUGGUUGACGCGCCAACAAAUAAAAAGUUAGGAUAUCGUGGUGUGAGGAGAAGGCCUUGGGGAAAAUAUGCUGCGGAGAUAAGAGAUCCUAAGAGAAAUGGCGCGAGGGUUUGGCUUGGGACUUAUGAAACGGCUGAGAAUGCAGCUUUGGCUUAUGAUCAAGCUGCUUUUAAAAUGCGCGGCUCCAAAGCCAAGCUAAAUUUUCCUCACUUGAUUGACUCAGAUUAUAUUAGCCCAACUAAGAUUACACGAAAAAAGUGUUAGUGAAUUAUGUUUAUAUCAAAUAAUUAUGUAUGUGAUUACAUUUUUUCCAUCCAAAAAGAUAGGUGGUACUGGUGUUGUGUUUUGAUACUCUAUUAUUGUUGUAUAUUACAAUAUGGAUAAGAACUAUCAAUUUUAAAGAGAUAAAAUUUCUUUAAAUUUAAUUGUAUAACUCGUGCACAUAUAACAAUUAUAAAUGAUAUAAGUUCGUAUUGUGUUAAA